CCACGCUCCUUCCUCAUGGACCUGCCUCUAGCCCGCCUCUUGUCCCACUCUAGCCCCGCCUCCGUCUCUUCGCUCCAUUCGACGGCACCACGCGUGCCCGCCUGGCUUCCCGGUUCCCUGCCUUUAUUCGUUCCCGCCCCCUUCCCGGCUCCGCCCGCGUCCCGCCCUGGCCCUGGCCUACUCCCAGCCGCUCGGCGCAGGGCCCGCCCCCGCUCCGCCCUGGCUAGGCCUGGCUCCCUUCUGGCCCCUCCCCACGUGGCCUCGCCCCUCCUCCGGCGCGGCGCAGCCCGGCUCCAGUCCCCCCCCAGCUUCUUUCUUUGGUGACUUAUGUCCCUCCGGAGCUGCCGUCGCGCCCCGUCCGGUCUCCCGGCAACGGCGGCUCCCGGACCCCUGUUUGGAGUGACUGAGCCAUGAAUCGGCCUGGGCGCACGGUCCCGGGCUCUCUGCUGUCCACGCCGCUGCCGCUCACGGCGCUACACCACCUCUACGCCUGGGUGGACAGCGUGCCCUUCAGCCGACCAAAGCGCCACUUGGCCCGGGACUUCAGCGACGGCGUGAUGAUUGCAGAGAUUGUAAAACACUUUGAACCCAAACUUGUGGAAAUGCACAACUACAUCCCGACCAGCAACACGGAACAAAAGCUGAGCAACUGGAGCAUCCUCAACAGGAAAGUGUUCCCCAAACUUCGCUUCUAUGUCUCCGAGGAGGACAUUCGGAAGGUUGUCAUCAGCACUCCGGGGGCUAUCGAGUCUGUGCUGUCCACACUGAGGCAGAAGAUGGAAGAGAAGUGCCAAAGGAAGGCCAUCCAGGAGGCCAGGAUGAACAUGAAGGACCCCAUCGGAUUUGACAGCAUCAAUAUCAACAGGCACUUGGCAGAGCUGGAAAGCUGCAAGUCCGCCGAAUCCCUGGCUAACAAGGGCUCCUCGGGCAAGAAGGCGAUUCCCAAUCAGAAGGGAGAGGAGAGAGCCUGUGACUACUUUGGAAGGCAGGAUGUGAGUCUCAGCCAGUGCCCGCACAGUGAGCCCAACUUCCAGCAGUUACUGGAGGAGAAGGAGCAGGCUCUCGCCGUGCUCCAGGAGACAGUGCAGAUUCUACAGAUGAAAGUGCAUAGGCUGGAACACCUGGUGCAGCUGAAGGACAUGAGGAUUGAGGACCUGACGAGACACCUGAACACCCCAAAAUAAGGGAGACAUCUGGCAUGGCCUUGCCCGCCUCCACGCAUCAUGACUGCCCCUUCUCACUCUCUGACCUGAAACCUGAGGGGAUCAGGUUGUCAGGAGCAACAGUCAGGAGGGCUGUCCCUCCCCCAUUCCCCCUUCCCUUCCUUUCUUCUUUCUUCCCUUCUUCCUUUCCCCCUUUCCUCCUUCCUGCCUGCCUGCCUGCCUUCCUUCCUUUCUUCCUUCCUUUUUUCCCUUUCUCCCUCCCUUCUUUCCUCCCUUCUUCCUUCCUUCCUGCCUUCCUUCCUUCCUUCUCGCCUUCCU